CAGGCGUUUGUCUCGAUGAAUCGAUUGGUUUCUAGAUCCACACUGCUCAAUGCGUCGCGCUGCUUCUCCAGGACUGCUGAAGCGUCUGCAAAACAGACAUGUCUAAUCGAGACACAUAAGAAACAUGGAGGAAAACUUGUGGAGUUUGCCGGCUACGACAUGCCAACUCAGUACGCUGACUUUUCCAUCAAAGAAUCCACGAUCCACACAAGAAAGCAUGUCAGUUUGUUCGAUGUGUCGCAUAUGCUCCAAACUUAUAUCACUGGAAAAGAUAGAGUAGCCUUCAUCGAAAGCUUGACAACUGCAGAUGUUCAAGGACUACAGGAGAAUAGCGGAACUCUUUCAGUUUUCACUAACGAAAAAGGAGGAAUUAAGGAUGAUUUGAUCAUCAUGAAAACUGACAAAGAUUUCCUUUUCCUUGUCACCAACGCUGGAUGCAUCGAAAAAGAUCUUCCAUAUCUUCAAGAAAACGCGGCGGCCUGGAGGUCAAAAGGAAAAGACGUCAAAAUCGAGACCCUUGACAAUCGGGGACUUGUCGCCGUUCAAGGGCCUGAAAUGGCCAAAGUUUUGCAAGAGGGAACUGAUAUUGAUCUAUCAAAGCUCACUUUCAUGAAGACAACUGUUGGAAAAGUGUUCGGAAUCGAUGGAUGUAGAGUUACAAGAUGUGGAUAUACUGGAGAAGAUGGUGUAGAGAUUUCCGUGGAUCCAACAAAAGCCGAACAACUCGUUGAGCGUCUUCUUGCUUCACAAGCUGGCAGUGUGAAGCUUGCCGGACUCGGAGCUCGUGAUGCUCUUCGUUUGGAAGCAGGUCUCUGUCUUUAUGGAUCUGAUAUCGAGGAAAACACAACACCAAUCGAGGCUGGUCUCGCUUUUGUUGUUGCCAAGCGUCGUCGUGAGACCCUGGAUUUCCCUGGAGCUGAACAUAUUGUGAAGCAGCUGAAAGAGAAAAGUUGGCCAAAACGCCGUGUUGGUCUCCUUGCACCAGCCGGUAGAUGCCCUCGAUCUCAUCUACCACUCAUCGAUCCUCUCGAUAAGUGUUCCAUCGGAUUUGUAACUUCUGGAUGCCCAUCGCCAACUCUCGGAAAGAACAUUGCAAUCGCCUACGUCGACAAAUCGCAUUCAAAGAUCGGAACCAAGUUCGUCGUGGAUUUCGGCGCCAAGCAGGCGCCAGUAGAAGUCGUCAAAAUGCCAUUUGUUCCGACAAAUUAUUUUACUGGAAAGUAAUAAUAAUGCGACGAUUUUGUGUCGUGUUCACUUUUACCGUACGUGUAUUGUAGUUUAUUAAAUGUAGAGGUUUUUGUUAUAAUUUUUAUUUGUUUUUUUUUGUUAAGAGAAAAUAUAAAUA